AAGGAGGUAAAGAGGGAGAGGGAUAUAUUCGAAGAGACCGAGAAAGUUUCCCAUCAGACCCUUUCAGACGAAAAGUGCGGCUUGCGAGAGAGACGCGUCGUCGCUGCCGGGUAGAGGUGAUGGUAGUGGUUGGUUGGGUACGGGAAGUUCGAACAAGGGAAUGCUUUUGCAUCGCGUAUACGCGCGUCUGUGAAACGAGCCAAAAAGUAGAAAAAAAGAAAAAAAAAGCUAAAGAAAAAACUUAGGGACUUGUGCACCUACGACGAUCGGAAUAUCGUUUCACGCGCCAACGAUGUACACGAGGCGAAUGUUAUGUGCACAAAAUUCGAAUUCAACCGGGUAAAAAGUAUUCCUCGGGGAUCUUAAAAAUACAAUACCUGUGAGAAUAACCUUCGCGAGAGGGAAGGGGGGGAGGGGGAAGGUUCUUUGACUACAUUACAGUUUUUUAUUUUCAAAGAAAGAUAACCAUAUAAAGGAAUUUUGUCAUAUCCUAAAGGAAUCCUAAAGAUAUUCUAAAACAAGAAAAGUCCCUAUAUGAAAUGAUAAACAGAUUGUCAAUUGGUUUUUUUUUGCAAGGAGUGUGAAUGUUUUUAAUUUUUUUUUGAUUUUAAAGACUAGCUAUAAUUUAACCGAAAGAGGAGAGCAGCUUGCGCAAAUUGUCGCGCGCCGCGAACAUUCUGCUCCGUUGAGCGGAAGAUCAAAUUGGACGUUAAUUACCGCUACUCGAUGAUCGGGGCGAGUACAGGUCACACACGCGGGUCGGUUUUAUGAUGAGCGAUUUAAUCUACAGAGAAGACUAAUAUAGAAAUAAACCACGCAAACAUGCGCAUCGUGACGAUACAGUAAAUUUCAUAUAGAUUUUUGUUGUCAAUGUUGUUGAGAACAUAAAAUAAAGUCGUAAUAAUUUUUGCGCACAAAUACACGUACAAGACUUUUUCUUUCUGCAUUUUUAUAUCAUUUUAAAUGCAAAAAUACAAGACAAAUGUCGUUUUCCUAUUCGCUAACUGUAAAUAAAAUUUGGAAAAUAUUGCAAUUGUGCAUUUAACAUAUGCGUAGAAAAUUUUUAACACUUCAGUAUUCUGCCACGUUUCAUUACGAAUUCAACAGACAAAAAAUACAAGAGAAAAAAAUUUGUUUUAAUUUGCUGUCGAUUUAAAAAAGGGUUCAACAAUUCCAACCACACAUAUAAGAAAUUAAAUAAUUAUUCACAUAAUAAAUAAAAUAAUAAAUAAUUAUAAUACUAACAACUUUAAUUAAGAAUGCUACAAUUUUUGAUAAAUACAAUCCAAUUAAAAAUGAAAUUUAACAAGGAGGUACUGUACUUUCUUUUGGUUUUGAUACAAAUAAAUAAUUUCUGUUUAUCAGAAGAACAUGAUUACCAUGAUAUGCAUCCGAAGAACGAACUUUCUAAUUUGCAAAAAUCAAACAUCUCUUUUUGUGAAUUUGUAAAUUCAUACGAUAAAUUGUCUUUAAUAGACAAAGCUUUUGGAAAUUAUUAUAUGCACAAUUUACUUAUCAUAAUAGCAUAUGAUAUGAGUGACGGGAUAAUGUUAGCUAAUUUCUUGAGUGACGAACGUAUAGAAGUUGAUAUAGAACCACUUUCUGAUGCUGAAUUCAUUGUAAAAAAUGAAAUAUGGGAAAAUUUUUAUUUUUACUAUUCUUGGAUAAGAGACACAUACAUAUUUGUUUAUCCUAGAAACACUUCAAAUACUUUGUUGGCAACAUACCUAACAAACAAGAUUAUCAAUAAGGCAGAAAAUUUCAAAGUUGCACUUACAUGUGAAAAUUAUAACGACGAUACAUGGAAUUCUAUAUUUAAAAUUGCAUCAAAUAUUUUAGACGUUGACAUUCAACGAGAUUUUUCACAACUGAUACACAGCAUUUUCUUUCUCCCAUCAUAUAUGGAUAAUAAUGAAGAAUGUAGAGGUGCAUUUGAAGAAUUAUUGGCUUACAUUAAUGAGAAGUUUAAUAAAUUUAGUUAUCGUUUUCUUGAUGAAGCACUGAAUGACAAAAACAACUUGCAGCGUUUCACUAAAAAGCAACAAUUAGAAAUUCUUGUCUCGAAAUCUAUUUUGGGUAAUGCAAAUCAGGUUUAUAAAUCAUGUUCAAAUUCUCUUCUGAUUUUAAAGGACAAUUAUCUACCAAAAAGACUUAAAUUAAUAAAAUUUUUCAAUUUUUUAACACCUGAGACUAACAUUAUCAAUAACAAAUGUUUUGAGAAAAUACAAACAACUGACAUAUCCUUCAUGACAGAUUUAUACUUUUUGCCACAUCGAUUAAUCUUAUCAAGCAAAGAUGCUUCAAAAAUAAAAUUUAGCAAUGAAGAAUUGAUCAGUGUAAUAAUCGACAAUUUUUGUAAGCACGAAAUGAAUAUUAAAAUUUUUAAAUUAAUGUGUUUCAUUAGAAAUAUUAUUGACAAUGAACUGAUAUCGAACAAUUAUUUUCAACAAAUUAUAUAUCACUAUUUAGAACAUCAAAAAAAAUGGCUUUCCAAUUUAAAUGUGUGCUUUGAAAAUGAUACGAAUACUAAAGAAACUCAAAUAUCAAAUGAGACUGAUAACAUUAUUCAAUAUAAAUUUCCUAACCAACUGGUUCGUGAAGUAGAGACAUCCCUAUUUCCGACUUCUACAAAAUCAGAAGAAUAUAAUUGCAUAUUUUCAACAUUUUUUGAAUCAUUAAAAACAUUAAAUGAAGUUCUUGUUAAUCAAAAAUAUGAAAAACUAUUUCUUGUAAUAGUAGAUGAUAUGAAGGAUGGCAUAGAGUUAGCUAAUUUUAUUAGCAAUGAAUCAAGAGUUGAUUUAGCAGAAAAAAUAAGAUAUACAAAUCCAAUACUAUUUACAAUGAUAAUUGAAAAUCAUUAUUUGUAUUACAGUAGAAAAAUAAACACAUACAUUUUAGUUUAUCCUAGAAAUGUACAGAAUCAUUUGUUAGCAACAUAUUUGACGAAAAUGACUAUAACAUCUUCUAAAAAUUUAAAAAUUGCACUCACAUGUAAAAAAGAAAUAAAUAAAUUCACUUUGAAUUCUAUGUUUCUAAUUGCGUCAGAAAUAUUAGAAUUGGACAUGGAGAGGUACUUUGAUCUACUUCAAAAUAAAAUUAUUAUUCUGCCUUCAAACAUUAAAGAAGACGAUAGUUCAUAUCAAACAAUGAAGGAUCAACUUAAAAAAUACCUAAUUGCAAAAUUCACAAGAUAUUUAGACACAACGGAUUUGGAUACAUGGUUUCGUAACCAGAGUAACUUUAAAAGUUUACAUUUUAAAGAUCAACUGGAAUAUCUUGCAUUGAUAUUUGUUCAAAAAAAUUACUUUUUUAACAAGAAAGUACAAGGUCAACCACUUAGAAAAGCAGGCAAUUUUCUUGUUCAAGAUUUCCUACCAACAAAUUUAAACAUUAUUAGCAUUCGAUAUUUCAGUGUCUUCAAUUACAAUCCUACUGACACAUGUACUAAAAAAAUGUUUCUUAACUACAAUAAAAAUCACAAAGAAACCACAGACAUAACAUCUUUAAGGGGCCUAUUAUCUUUUCCAAAUUGGAUAACCCAAUCCAAGCAAGAAAUGUAUAUAAACAAAAAUAGAAAUGACAAACUGAUUAAAAAAUUUAUAGUUGACCUUUGCAGCAGCAGAUCAGGAAAAAUAAAAAUUGUGCAAAUGAUUUGUAUUGUGAGAUAUGUUGAUGGUCGCAGACCAAACCAAGAAUUCAAAUUAUUAAGUCUUUUACAAUACUUUAUCGUAAAUUAUUAUUAUGCUGAUGAAAAAGCGUGGUUUUUCAAAUUAGAAUCAAUUUUUCAAAAUCGAAUUAGUGAAAACAGAACACAACUUUUGAUGAAAGCACAAGAACUCUAUGAGGAAAUAUUCAAAAUUGACGAGAAAAAGCAAAAACUAAUGAUUGAGGCUUUCUACAUAGUGAACAAUUCUCUAAAAUCGCAAAUCAAUCAUUCAUGCUCUUUAUUAAAUAAUAAUGGAAACUACAAUCUGAAACUAAAAGGAGAUGUCAUUAAUUUUAGUCAGACUUUGUAUACUGAUUAUUGUCCUGGAAAAGUAUCAGUUUUGGAAAUGUUUGCUACGGAUAAAAUUGUUAUUGAUGAAGAUCUGAUAAGUAAUGAAUUGGAACAACUCAAUAUAAUUGCACCAAUUUGGGAAAUUAUUUCAAGCAGAAUUAUACGUUUAGAUGGAGCUCCUGGACAAAAUAUUUGGGACCCAGAAACAUUUUCUGAUGGUAUUUAUGGUUUACAUGGUUCAUCCGGAAGACCCGGAGGUACAUUCUUUGGAAUCGUUGAUAAUAUUAUUAAUAAAGAAAACUUACAAAUUGUUAGUAAUGGCGGUAAUGGAUCUGACGGACAAGAUGGUUAUGAUUUAGUAUGGACUUUUGAAAAUAUUUCUUGGUGUGAUAUAUUUCGAGAGAAUUUUGAAGGUAAAGGAGGAAACGGUGGAGUUCCUGGUUUUGCUAAAAUUUAUCUACUUAAUAAUUUUACUAAUUUAAAUAUAAAGUUGUCGUUUGCUGAAGGUAAAAACGGCAGAUCUGGUAAAGUUAUGAGACUAGAAGUGGAUUAUGCUUAUAUUCAAAACAUGAUUGUAGAAAAAAAAAGUUUUUGCCAAAUAGCAGGUAGAAGAAUAAAAAAUGAACUAAGCAUUAGUUCCUCUAAUUUAGAUACUAAUAUCCAAGAAGACAAUUUUAUUUUAAGUAUCUCAGAUUACAAAAGAUUCAUUUUACACAAAGCCUUUACUACUGAUCGAAUGGAAUACGUAAAUUUAUACAAAAAAUUCAAUGAUCAGAAAUUUGUAGAUAUUCUCCCUAUAAAUUACUUUGCUUAUGAAUUAUUAGACUUGGAAUAUUAUUACUCUUUAGAAGCGAAAACAUCUGUUUUUAAUUCUAUAUAUACUGAAAUGCGUCUCGUGUUGCUUAAAGAAGACAAAAAUUUAAGUAAUGACUAUAAAAUAUUCUCAUCCAAAUUAAAUGAACUAAUAUUGAAAAGAUUGUUUCAAAGUGAAUACAAUGAAACCAUUAAUGAAAUACAUUAUUCAUUAGAUCAGUGUAUAGAAAAAUUUAAAAAUACAAGAAUCACGAAAAUAGAAGAAACAGGAAAACUCUUCUUGAAGAAUUUAGAAAACAUUAUCCAGGAAAAUGAAAAAUUCAUAAAUAAUCAAAAGCUUAAAGUUGAGAAUGAAAUAGUCGAUUUAAACAAGGACAUUACAAAACAAUUAGAAGAACUUGAUGUGAAAAAGGAUAACAAAAUAAACGAAUUCAAAAAAAGAUUGUCAAGCCUGCAUCUAUUGACAUUCUGCAAAUUUAUUCUUUUCUCACUGUCAGUACUAAAUCCCAUUCUUGCAGUAAUUGACAAUGAAAUAAAACCAAAUUCACCUGACAAUAUUUCAUCUACUAAUAAAGAAAAAUAUUACGAAAUGAAACUACCAUUUACAAUAACUGAUUUAGUUGAAACUACAUUGAAAAAAUAUAAUGAUGAAAUUAUCGAAAAUCUAAAAUUUACUGAAACAAAAUUAAAUAUAAUGAAAGAGGAAAAUAAUGAAAUUAAUUCAUCAGACAAGAAAUUAAAAACAGUUGCUAACUUGUACCAAGAUGCGUAUCAAAAAUGUAUUUUAAUCUCUAAUCAAGCAUUCCGUAUAAAAGAAUGUAUGAUUACUGAGAUACGAAAGCGAGAAAUAAGAUGUGAAAAGAAGAAUAAAAAAUAUAAUAACUAUCAAAAAUCAUUGGAUAUUACCAGAAGAACAAGACAGGCAUUGGAAUUUUCCAAUAAUGGCAUCAUGAGUUAUGGUAAAAUUUCCAAACACCAGUUUCUAUUGAAUACGAUUGAAGAAACAUUUCAAGUUGAAGAAAGUAAUGCAUUUACAACGGAAUAUUAUAAAAAUGGCAUGCACAAUAUUAUAUCACAAUUAACUGACAAUUUUAGAAGCAAAUUGAUUAUAUCUGGAUUUGCAAUAUCUUUGACUACUCUUCUUGAACACAAAAAAGAACAAAUGGAUAAAUUUUUAAAUGAUGUUAAAUCACAAGUUAAAUCUGCAUUAGAAAAUCAGACUAACAGUGAAAUUAAAAAUACAAUCGAAAUAGUAAAAAAGGCAAUCGAUAUGAUUUUACAUAUGCAGAACCUUAUUAAAGAAAAUAAUUUAAAACAGAGAAAUGUGGAUUAUGUGAAAAAUAUGGAAAGUACAUUAGUUCAGAAUAUGACAAUAAAAGAUGAAGAUGUUUUCAGAGUUUUAAGAGACAUAGAACAAGUGGAAUAUUCUAACGAUAUUAAAGACUAUUGCAAAACAUUUGUGCUUGCUUUGAAGGGUUAUGCGUAUCCGUUCUUAGGCAAUUUUUCCCAAUUUUUUUCAGAUUUACCUAAAUUACUAAAUAAUGGUUCUGUUGAUGUGGAUACCUCAAUUGGAAAAUUACGUAGUUUGGAGACACUUUUGCGUAAAGAAAAUGGACUCUUGGAAACAGCUUCUCAUAGUUAUUUUGGAAAUAAAGGAUUAAAGCCAGCAUUCUUUACUUGGAAUAAUGCUAGUUAUUCUGAAAAGAUUAAGGAUCUUCUUAAAGGAAGACGUAUUACUCUAUUCGCUAAUAUCUCCCAAGCACAAAAUUCGAAUGCCAUUAAGUUUCGCAAUAUAGAUAUUUCGUUUACUUCUGAUGAUUCUGAAAUGAAUUACGAAUUGAAUAAUGUUCUAAAGUAUUUUAACAUUCUUUUUAUUCACCACGGAGAUUCUUACUACAGAUGUAUGAAUAAAGUGCAUCUUAUUAAAACCGAUACAAUGGGAAUAUUCUACAAACAGAAAGGUUUAAAUUUCAAUGAUUAUAUCCUGAGUCCUUUUGCUACAUGGACAAUACAACUGUACGGAAUCAACAGUGAAAUAAGUUUUGGUCUUUUAGCAAAAUUUGUUGAUCAUAUAGAUUUAGAGUUGGUUGGAGACGGCCAGUAUAUCUUGAAUAAUAAAAGUAUUUGUAACGAUGAAUCGUUAAACAAAUUACAAAUAAUUUGAUUCACUAAGAUAUCUGCUGAACAUAAAACCGAAAAAUGUUUAUUGUGCUAAUUUUACUUUGUAUUUUGUUUGUUAUACUUAAUGUUAUUUUUAAUUGUAAGUUGAAUUUUACUGUUUAAUUAUAUGUUUGAUCACGCUUUUUUUGAAAGAUCGAUGUUACUUUUCCGUUGUAAUUGAGAAACAAUUAUGAAACACUAAUUAUAUUAAAAAUAUCAAAAUAAAUAAGUAAAUAUUGUAAAGUGA